UGUCUCCUGCAGGACUGAAGAUCAUGAGCGCUCAACCCGACCGUGUUUCUCCUCCUGCUCUCCGCGCACACAAUCUCCGCAAGACCAAGAAAUAAAACACACACACACACACACUCUCUCUCUCAUUUAACAGACGCUCCGUUUCCAGCGCCGGGAAUAAAGCUUCAUCCACGCUUGGACUCAAAGUCUCGCAAUUGUCCGCUUUUAUUUGAAGGUUCAAGGUGUUUAACAUGAUGUUCAUGUCUGUUCUGAUGCGCGCUGGCUUUGGAUUAUUCAGCGUCGCUCUGAUCGCCUUUGUCCAGCAGCCAGCCGGCGCUUCUGCCAGCAGAAACCCGCAAGAUGUGGACGAGUGCGCCGAGGCCCUGGACAGCUGCAGUAUGGAUGCCAUCUGUCAGAACACCCUCAAGUCAUACAAAUGCAUCUGCAAAUCAGGAUACAAAGGCGACGGAAAGCACUGUGAAGAUAUCGAUGAGUGUGCCAGUGAAUAUAAUGGAGGAUGCGUUCACGAGUGCAUCAACAUCCCCGGAAACUACAGAUGCACGUGCUACGACGGCUUUCGCUUGGCCCACGACGGACACAACUGCCUGGAUGUUGACGAGUGCGCGGAAGGAAACGGCGGAUGCCAGCAGGUCUGUGUUAACAUGAUGGGGAGUUACGAGUGUCGGUGCCGCGACGGAUUUCUCCUGUCCGACAACCAGCACACCUGCAUCCAGAGACCCAAAGGUGACGCAGAGGCUCUCGCUGGACGGAUGACUUACAUGAGUAUGAACACACACACACACACACACACACAGCUCUGGACUGUGCUGUUUAGUGGAUGUGUUUCCAUCAUAGCAGGAAUGUGA